GUGACGGAUGGCACUGUCGGCGGACCGUUCAACAACUUGGCGGGCUUGGCACGUCUUGCGGACUACCCUCCCGCACUGUUCCCGCCGGGCCGNGAUGCCUACAGUGCUAUCUUUCAGCUAUUGUUAACAAGAAAAUCAACAAAAGGGGGGAAAAUGGAUAUCCAGGAGGUCGAAUUCAACAAGUUGUGCGCCGAAGUCGCUAAGCCCGCCUGGGCUGUGCCUCUUAUAUUCAUUGGUGACGUUGGUGGUACAAGCGCCCGCUUGGGAUUU